AUAGCAGACUUUUAUUGUGUAUGAAGGAAGCUGAGAGUUUGGGCGGCCACCGUUAAAAAAAAAAAGAAAAAAAAAAAAGAAAAAAAUUCCUGUCCCCUAGUUGCUCUUUUCCUCUCUGUAUCUCGCAACUCGCGCCACCUUCAUCUAAACGUAUUUGAUAUCCGAGUGCAACAAUGCAGACAAUUAAAUGUGUAGUAGUUGGUGAUGGUGCUGUGGGUAAAACCUGCCUCUUGAUUUCAUACACCACAAACAAGUUCCCUUCGGAGUACGUACCAACAGUGUUUGAUAACUAUGCUGUGACCGUAAUGAUUGGCGGUGAACCGUACACUCUCGGAUUAUUUGACACUGCAGGUCAGGAAGAUUACGAUCGGUUGCGACCCUUGAGCUACCCCCAAACUGAUGUCUUCUUAGUUUGUUUCUCUGUGGUUUCACCAUCAUCCUUUGAAAAUGUCAAGGAAAAGUGGGUGCCUGAGAUUACCCAUCACUGUCCAAAGACCCCGUUCCUGUUGGUUGGGACACAGAUUGACCUACGAGACGAUCCCUCAACCACCGAGAAGCUUGCCAAGAACAAGCAGAAGCCCAUCACUCCAGAGACAGCCGAGAAACUCGCCAGAGAUUUAAAAGCGGUGAAAUACGUGGAAUGUUCUGCUCUAACACAAAAAGGGCUAAAGAACGUAUUCGACGAGGCCAUACUCGCUGCACUGGAGCCUCCAGAGCCCAAGAAGAAGCCUAAAUGUGUUCUUUUAUGAGCUCAACUUCACCGUAGGUCCUUUCAGCCAGAAACCAUCCAUGACAACGAUCCAUCUACAACUGAAUCCGGUUCACGUUCAGGAAAGGACUUAACUUAUAGCAACUAUUAUGCUUGUGUUUUGGUUUUUUUCCUUAUUUUGCCUUGAAUCGUUCUGCCAUCCGAAUUAAGCGAAUAGAAUAAGCGUAAGGUAAGAGUAAGAAAAUGUCAGCAAGGUUAUCAUAAUUUGUAUUAUAUUUCAUUUGUAUUUUUUUCAGAUAGGAUUAAAAAGUCACUGCUAAGGCUAAAGAAAACAUUUUAAAUUCAGUUUAUUUAUUCAUUCUUAAUAUUGACAAUAUUAACCUGUUUAGUUCGAUAAAAUAGAUAAAACACAAAUCGUAAUAGAAAAGAAUGAAUUUCAGCUGUUAAAGUGGUGUUAUUUUGUACAAAUUAACUAGUCAUCUGUAAAAUAAUAGAUUUUCUUAGGACUCCAGGGAACCUGGACAGUGUUACUGUAUACGAUUACAUAGAGGUUGAGCUGAUCUAUAGGAGCAUCCUGAACUAUUGGCUCGAACUGCCUCAUAAGUUCAAGGGAGGGAAAAAAAUAUAUAAUAAAAAAAGAAAAGGUGAACCAAAGCAGGGUUUGUUCAACCGCUAAAUAUCAAGCUCAAUAUUAUAAGCCACUGGGACAUUUUCCCCACAGUCUUGUUAAAAUUCAGCUCUCAGCUGAAAAAAAAAAUAUAACCAUUUGAUGCAACUCUUCAUUCCAAUUUUCUAUGUCCAAAAAAAAUCUAAUAAAUAAAUUAAACUUUACACAUCAGGAUGAAUGAUGUUGCCAGAUUAUACACGCGCUUUGCUGAGUAGGUUGUACUUUUCAUCUUGUAUAUUUAUUUUAAACAGUCCUGAAUUUAAUAUGAUAUAACAAGCACCAGUAAUUGUCCCAAAUAUCAGACUUCGACGUGUUUUCCGUGCUCGGGUGCGAUAAAAUAGUUUAUCAUAAUUGUGUGUGAAGUUGGUCUUUUGCCAUUCAGAUUCAGCCUCGGUUGAUGAUUUUUGUUUUUGUUUUAUAUUUUUAUAUGGAAUGUUUCGUUAAAGAAAAUGAUCACGUGAAUAUUACCUCAAAAUAAACAUUUCCAAUGUUUAACAAA